GGAGCGUGCCAUCGGAGGCAGAAGAGGAAUCUCCUUCUGUCUGUGUCCAUGUCUCCGCUCCGUUCCCGGCUUCCUUCCGACAAAGACCGUCAACGUCCCGCCUGCUGUUCUACCUCUGGAUUUAAGUCGGCUGGAUUACCGCCUAGACUCUCAGCUCAUUAUUCCAUGCUGCCACAUUUAAAUGGGAGGCAAAGUUGGACCUCUGUGGACUGCACAAAUGGUGACAAACAGUUUGAUUUCUUUUGCGCUUUUAAGAGCUUCUUAGCAUUCAAAAUGAUUUCACUUUUCUUCAGUAAAAGUGUUUUUAUAUGUAAAGUCAUCUGAGCACCUCCUCUUUGGUGCUGUCUAUUUAAAGUAGGUUAGUCGUUUUACAAUAUAAUAUUUUCAACUUGGCUGUUGAGGCGCAUUUUGAUGUGAAAGAUGAGUGGGGAAGAGGGGUAGAAAUCUCUCCAUCCUCCCCUUGUUAAAAGUCAGUCCUUCUUCACUGGUUUUUCUGUCAAACUGAAGAUGUGACUGUGGCACUUUUUCCGUGCGCUCCGUUAGUGUCAGAUUUUUAUUUUUGGGCAGAGUGGAGGCUUUACAUUGGACUGCAGGUGAACUUGCAUCUCCUCCAUUUCUCCCCUCUCCCAAGGAACCCUCCAACUAAACUCUUCCCUGUUCGCCCACUUUAGACGGCCUGUCUCCCCCGUGGGGGUUUCUCUAAAACACCCGUCCUACUCUAGUUUUUUGAGGAAAGCAAAAGCCAAACCAGUAAAGGGGGUACUGGGAAGGAAGGCACCCCCCUCCCAAAGGUGAGAGGGGGGGAAGAUGGCAGCUCUCGCCAGCUCUCUCAUCAGACAGAAACGGGCGGUCAAGGACGACCAAGCCAACCGACCGGUAACCAACAAGCGCAAGCCCUGCCCUAAGAGCAACAAGUCCUUGUGCCAGAAACAGAUCCUGGUCCUGAUCUCCAAAGUACGACUAUGCGGGGGUCGAAAAGGUCGAAACGACAAAAGACCGGAGCCACAGCUGAAAGGCAUCGUUACCCGGCUAUACAGCCAACAUGGAUACUACCUGCAGAUGCAGCCUGACGGUACCAUGGACAGCACAAGGGAUGAAAGCAGCUCAUUUUCACAGUUCAAUUUAAUUCCAGUGGGACUGCGGAUUGUGGCAAUCCAGGGGGCAAAGACAGGGUUGUACCUUGCCAUGAAUAGUGACGGAUACCUCUACACCUCGGAGCACUUCACUCCAGAGUGUAAGUUCAAGGAGAGUGUGUUUGAGAACUACUACGUUACGUAUUCCUCCAUGCUGUAUCGCCAGACCCAGUCUGGCCGCUCCUGGUAUAUCGGUAUCAAUCGUGACGGCCAGGUCAUGAAGGGCAACCGGGUAAAGAAGACCAAAGGAGCUGCUCAUUUCCUGCCUAAAGUUAUUGAGGUUGCGAUGUAUAAGGAGCCGUCACUGCAUGAGCUCGCCAGUGAACCAGUGAGUCCUCCUCGGAAGACAGUGAAAACUUCAGAUUCGCCUUCCCUAAAGAAUGGACAGAAAGAAGCUCCAAAGGCUGAUGCCUCAUAGCACAGGAGACUGGGGGUGGGACAAAGGGCAGCAGUGACACUGGGAACACAGACACUAAUUAUGCACUGAGGGUGGCUGAGGGAACGGCCCUCACUGGCCACCACUUUCCAGAAGUGCACUACGAGAUGCUGAGGGAUAAAGGGUCAGUAGUCCAUCAGCAGCCAGGAAGGCCUGAGAGAGGAGUCCCCCCCUCACCUGUCACCACAGAAAGACAGCACAGCGCCCAAGACAGAACUACUACCACCUCCCCCUCCCACUGUUCUCUGCCCCUUUUGACUUCCUUAAUGCACCUCCUUCAUUUCUGUCAUACUCAAGCUUCUUUGUCCUGCUGACAAUUUCAUCUUUUCUCCCAUACCCACCACCGUCUGCUCUAUUGUACCGUAUAUUCACCACUCGCGCAUUUCCACUGCUGACUCGGCACCAUAAUCCUCACCCAUGGGCCCCCCUCUUGAGCCCUAAAGUUGGUGACAGUGUGGCUCAGCCAGCUUUCCACCCACCAUCUGCCGACCAGCUAAGCUAAUCACCAAGGUCAACUAAAGCGCAAAGUGAGAUGAGAGAGCUCAGAGAGGAAAGAUAUCUGCAGGAAGCCCGGGUCGGGUCGGGUCAGCGGAGCAAGACGAGCGGAUGAGAAACUGUGCACACAAAAUGAUUUAAAGAGAAGUUUAUGACAUCAACUUUUAAACUUCUAAAUUUUCUUUUGUUUUUGUUUUUUUGUUUGAAGGAACUAAUAUUUGAUUUAUGACAGCCAGAGGGAAAAAGACAUGGAUUUGGAAACUCUGACUGUAAAAUAUGAUUAAGAUGAUAAUAGUGCUGAAAACAGAAGAUCAAAACAAAAGCACGGUGGUGAAAGUGUUAGAAAUGAUGGUCCUGAUAUUGACAAAAUCUGGAUUUCAGAGUACGAUGGAAAUUUUAUGAAGCUCACAAGAGAGGCGCUGCCUGCAAAAGUACCACAUAAAAUAAAAUAACUAUUCUUCCUGGGAAGAUGAGCCAUAAAAUAGAUGUGGAAUUACUACAGGUUUAAUCCAGGCUCUUAUUAAAAGGAUCAAAAAGCCUGAGCAAUAUUUUUACCAACAAGCCAGAAUAAAAAAAAUAAUAAUAAUGAGCAUGUGAAUGAGUGAGAGAGUGAGCGACACACUCCUCCUCCAGCCUCUCUUCUCUACCAGGUGACCACUUAUUAUUGCACUAGCUCAUUAAAAGCUACAAAUGAACAACUGGGUCAUGUUUUAAAUCCAGGGUGGAUCUGAACUGAAGUCACAUGAAAAAGGAGCUGUAGUGUAUACUUCACUCAGCAUCUGCUGUCAGCAUAAAGCCAGGUUUGAAGCCAAACAUCAAAGCCAGAGGAGCCUCUGAGCUGGAGCACUUGUUAUUCUGAGGAUGUCUGGCAGCUUAUCCACUCACUAGCUUUAUCACAUCACCUUGUGGAAGAAUCACCCUCAGAAAUGUAGUUGUCUGGGCGAAUGUCUUGGUGUGAUUGUGUUUUAACCUGUGUGUGCGGAUGUCUUCUACAGUAGAGAUGCCCCUUCAGAUUCUGUGUGUAAGUGUACAGAGGUUAGAUAGAGACGCUGCACGUAACCUUUGACGUGUCCUAUGUGUCUUUGAUAUGUCGGUGUCUGUGAACAGGUGAUACGUGGGGGACACAUCCGUCUUUUAUACCAUUUUUACUGACUUUGAAGAGUCAGAAGUUUUCAAACAUCAGGGAGGAGGAUCUCUGGGCAACCUCCUGAGGACUGAACUGACAGAACGUACUUCCAUUAAUCUAACAUUUAGUUUAGAUGCUGUUUCCUAUUGUUUUGAUUUGCACUUGGUUUACCAAUCAGGGAGACUCGUUAAAAAAAUAAGCCAUGAGCUGAUGGAAGUUGAGGCUUCUAAAUGGGAGCUGUCAGGUUAUUUCAGUGCUGUCUGCUGUUGGGUGCUGUCCGCUCUGGUAAGCUGCUGAGGGGGGAAAAAAAUGUCACCGCAAUGUUCAGUCAAAGUGAACGUGCAUGGAUACCACCAACAAACACGGACAGCAGGAAGUCUGUUACUGUGUCAGGAAGAGCAGUGUUGGGAGAUGUGGAACUGUAAAAAUGCUCAUUAUGGCAGCUAAAAAUCACGUUCAGUGCAUUGGGGAGGGCAUCUCAUUUUAAUGGUAACAUAAUGUGAAGAUGGCUUACAGAAUGUGAAACAGAGGCUUUGUGAAUGUGCUGUGAUGAGGGUGAAAGUAAGUCUGAAAUUGUGUGUUGAAUUGUAAAGAGGUCAGUGCAUGGAGGCAGUUAUUUAGAGAGAGUGAAGGAUUAGCAGGUGUAUUCUUGAGGAAUGUUGAUAAGGACUUUCUGCAGUAAAGUAAGCAAGAUUCUUGGCAGGGUUUUAUGCAGCAUGUGGAUAUGAUAAUGAAUGUAAGACAAAGAAGCAUGUAAGGCACUGUGCGCUAUUUCUGACAGGGGGUCUAUGGAGGAAAUUAGUUGGAGGGCUUUGCAUUUUUUUUUUCCAUUAAGUUUUUUUAAGUCUUUUAAUUUUCUGGGCUUUUCCAGGGGGAAUAUCAUUCAGUUCAAUUUUGGAUAUUUGUCCUUGUAGCGGAUUUUGCAUUGUACACUUAUAAAUCUCUAUUUUUGCCCUUUUCGCAGGGAAUUUGGUUUCAUCCCAGUGCGGUUUCUAACUGUGCGUUACUAAGCACAAAGUGUGAGCACAGCAGGUAGUAUACAAUGAUAUAGGCUUAUUUUAGCUAUCAGUGCUCAUACACUUUUCAGUGUUUGUGUUCCAUCUGGAGCUUCUUCAUGCCAGUUCACAUUUCAGUGUUGAUCCUAAGUCCGUUCUAUAUAAAGAAAGCACUUGGAGGUGCAAAGCAGUGACUGAGUGACAGCAAGGGACUCUGGCAUUCCAAAAUAAGACGUUAUGGCAUUUUCUCUUAGUCCAUAUGGUAGGGCUGUAACUAACAAUUAUUUUCACUUUUCUUUAAUACGCUUUUUUUUUUUUUUUUUACCAUAUUUUCUCAAUAAAUUCUUUUGCCUAUAAAAUGUCAGAAAGUGGCGGGGAAAAAAAGUGUGCUAUAAUGUCCCACAGCCCAGAGGGAUGUGUUCAGAUGUCUUAAUUUGUCCAAAGCCCAUAGAUAUUCACCUCACAAUGAUUUAAAACAGGGCUGCACAAUUCAUUAGUAUAGAAUCCACAACGCAGGAGCUGCAAUUUUUAAAAGUGAGUCAUUGUUGGCACCAUAAGUGUUGUGGUGCUUCAGAGACGACAAGACCAACAAAAAUCAUCAUUUUUAAAUUUUUUUCAGUGAAAAUCUAAAAUCAAUGAAAGGUAAUAAAUCACCACAUUGCUUGAAAAAUAACAAAGAUGAUUAAUCAAUAGUCGAAAUUGUUGCACAUUUAUUUUUUAUCCAUCAAUUAAUCCCCUAAUUGAUGCAGCUCUGCUUCACAGUGCAUUAAAGCUGAUAAAAAUUAAGUCAACUUAUAGAAUCGACCCAUCACUGUGACUGACGUCUGCCACUUUAUCAUAUUAAAUAUAGGAAAGAACUACAUUCCUCCAGAGAUUUCUUAAUCCCAAACAGCGUCCAGUGCUAACUAUCAUCAUGCUAAAAAAUGCCACAGUAAGUUGUUGGUAAGGACGGUGACACUGCAAGUAGACAGACGAGAGCAGAGAAUGUGGAGUAGACUGAUGCUGAAUGUUGAGAUUGAAGUAGAAGUUGAAUGUAAGGCAGGAAGACCUAAAUGGAAAAGUAAGUUUUUACAAUGCGUGUGAGGUGAGAGGUGAAGAGAUGUUAAGUAAGUGCAAUGAAAGCGACUGAAUGCAGCUGUUGAGUGAAACUAUAGUUUUGCUCUUGAAUGUAAAAGUUAAGUGAGAUGAUGGCAGCUGGAGGAGCGUGAAGAGAGAGGAAACCAGAAGACAUAUUAAGAUGAUCUUUGUUGUCACCGUUGUUGUUUGAAGAAGUGAGAAAGUGUUUUGAGAAUAUAUUAAUGGGACAUCAGGGCUUGACAGAUCCUGGAUAGUGAGGCGGUAACGUGCAAUAAUAGUUUGUUUGCCCCCGCAUGAGAGAUUUAGAGUCAUAAUCCCUUUCCUACACACAUCUCCACCCACAUCCUACAGUAUCUACAGCUUAUUAACUUUCUUUUAAAUGCUGUGUUGCCUGUGUAGGUGUGUACUUACAGUGUGCUUAUAAGGUCUGUGUGUCUGUGUGUGUAUCUGUGAUUAAGAGUAAGGUAAGACAAGACGGAGAGGCAAGGAGAAAAAGAAAGGGCAUGAGAUUGAAACAGUAAUCGAUAGACUCAAUAAAACAUAAACGAGAGAACAGCCACCCUGUGAUGGGUGCAAAAAUUUCCCCAAGGUCAGCCGGAGACAGGGAAAUCUAUUUGUUCAUAAUGAACUCAGACGGCUGUUGUUUAAUUUCUGUGUGUAAACUCAACAAGACGACAGCUGGGCGACAAGAGACGGAAGAGUUUUCUCAUUUCCUCGGGGCCUCUACACUGGGCCUGUCAAACAGCCUCCUGUCCACUAAGACACAUAUCUGUUAGAGGUAGAACAAGUUCAUAACAUCAACCCCAUCCCAAAAUAGAAAGAAAAGAGUAAAUCAUUAGAAAAGUGGAAGCACAUUGCACCUUACAAGCACUGGGACUUGCUUAAAACAUGUAAAAGUAAACUCACUGUCUUGGGAGGUUUUUUAAAAGGUUAUGAAAAACAACCAGGGAAUCCCCCUAAUUCAGAGUAACUGGGACUAACAGGCAAUAAUGAGUAUUAAACUACAGCUGAGUCAUCACCAGUGUUUGAGAAUCACAGUGGGGAUUUAAAGCUUUUAUUGCACUGUACAAAAACUAACCAACAUCCAGGGAACAUUUUUGGAGCAAAUCUUGGAAACGUUUGAUUUUAAAUGUACUACAAAGAACCAACAACGCAUUUUAAUCACACUGAGUGCGGUGUUAACAAUACUGCACUAUAGCAUACAAUAAUGUUUAUCUGUGACGUGAGACCAUUAUGAGCUAUGCAUCUUUUGAUUUUAAGGUUUUACAAAGUCUGUGUGUGGGAUUUUGUUUUUGUCUUUUUCUUCACUCAAAGCAGGAAAAUGUAGAAUUUUGAAAUGAUCCUUCAGUGAAUUAUCUAAAAGAACUAUGAUCCAGCUGAACUGCAGAUCCUUGUGAUUAAACAGCUCCUGUUCAAAAACACAGUUCACAGCAGCGUUACACUCUAAUGUGCUGCAGUCAGUGUCGGUGCAUUGUCACAAACACUGCUGUAGUACCAACAUGUUCAAACCGUAUUUUAAAUAUGCAGAUAGAAAUGUGUGCCAUGCAGUUUGACAAGUUAAAGGGAAAAUCUCAUGUAUAACUAGCUCCCUCUAAUGGAAGCAGCUGGUUGCUAAAGGGUAACACUCUUAAUGAGGGGUAUAAAAAAAAAAAAAAAAAACAGUUUGAGAUGUAUCCAGUAUGUGGGGUUAGAAACUAUGGAUCUAAUUUUGUGGAACUGUUUGUGACAACUGAAUUAUGCAAACUCAUCAAAAAUAAAAUAUAAAUCAGUCCCGAAAUUACAGAACAAAACGUGUGUGCAAUGCUCACAGUUCCUCAGUAUGACAUACUGGAAGCAUGACACCUCUGCAAGUUUGAGCCUUGGCUGCAACACUGUGUUUGAAUAUUUCUAAUUUAAUAAACAUUAAUUUUAAAAGGGCACAACACAGAAGCUAUUUAUUUUGUACUUGUAGAGUAUUUUUCCUCCUGCAGCCUGAUAUUUUAUUCAUGUUUAAGUGAGAGGCUUCAUUUUCUGGGAAAUGCAACCAAUGUGAAGGAUGUAAAGUGUUCCCCUUGAUCAAUAUACAAGACAGUAUACAGUACUUCAAACAACAAAACCUCUCUGGAUGACCUAAAUGUACAGAAUGCAGCCAGUUUACAUGUAAGUUUAGUCAAUAAUACAAACGGUGUAUAUCUGAAGUAUUAUGUCAGUUUUUUUUGUUGUUGUUUUUUGUCAGAAAUGUACUUAAAUAUCAGUGUUGAUGUUUUUUAUAGUCUUUCAGUCUUUGUUCUACCGUGUCAUGUUUCCUGCUCAGAAGGAGACAGAGUAGCUGUUCCUCCCUUUGGUGUGUUUUUGUGUUCGGUCAGCACUGCUGCUGUAUCCACACUGAUUUGUCUCUUGAGUGAACUUCACCCAAACUGAAUCCCACUGUGCGACUGAGCUGUGUGUUUGUGAAAGAUGCAAUGUAUUCAAGUGGAAACAGCAGAACAACAAUUCCUAAAGCCAACAUGUGUCCUGUCAUACCCAGCAAUGACCUUGGUGGUCUCCAGAGUUUUAGUCACGCAAGUCUUCCAGAAAGUUCCCACAACCUCUCUCUCCAACUGUUAAAGACUUGGGUUUCUUUCAAGCCAAUCUUCUUGUCUUCCGAGAAAAAAAAAACGAGACUUAAAAAAAAUAAAUAAAUAAAAAAAGAACAAAAAAAAGCCAUAAAUAAAAAUGGGCCUUGGCGCUGAUUAGCCACGGAGAGAAGGCCUGAAUCCUCAGGCACCUCCCGAGUGUUACCAGGGAUUUAGACACACGUUGGACUCCUGACAAUAAGAGCCAAAGGAAGCAGCAGGAACAUCAUGGCUUUUUUUGACAACUUUGCAAAGCAGGAAAGAAGACCAGCAAUAUGCAUCGAGAACUAACAGCCUGCACUCAAGGAGGGAAACUCAUUCAGCAGGUUAACAAACUACAAUCAGGAUUUGCAGGCUACAAAGGCAAUCACUGCAGUGGUCUGCAACAAUGACUGAUAAUUGUCGAGACUGACAUGGAAUUUUUUUUUUUUGCAAAGCAUGCAUACGUCACUGUUCUUUGGCUCAUGACUCCCUCUCAGUAUCAAGCCCUCAAUUCACCCUCGCUCCAUGUUUGCCAUCAGACCUGUGUACAUUUCAACAAUAACUCCUACAUGAAUUGAAAGGAGAUGUCUUAUUAUGGAACAUUAUUCAAUAAAAUAACAUAUAUUUGUAUGAUUGUA